AUUUAUUUACCUCCACACCCUAGCCCAGGACACGCUUUGUAUAAAAGUUUUAUUUCUACUUCCACAUUGAUCAGAACCAACUAUUCUACAAGUGAAUCAACAUGACCAUGAUUGGUGUCACAACAGCUGCAGUCUUAUUUGGUUUGGUUGCUAUGUGUAGCGGCCAGAACUAUGAUUGGAUUCGACGAUCUUGCACAGUGGAAUCCUGGGACCAUUCCACUGACACUUUAACCAACGUCUUCAGAAUUGGAAACUGUGCUGCCUGCUUUAACAAGAUAACUGAUCCUCUCUCUCCGGAGGGUCUGGAGUUAUCUCAAACUUGUACAGCAACCUUUCUCCCCCAGGAGCAAAAAGCCUGCUCUGAACAGAUAGCAGCUCUGAAUGCUGAAAACUAUGCUGAAUCUGAACAAGCUGUCAAGGAUUGUUUCAAGGUUAGCUUGAGAAAGAUUAUGGCUGAGUAUUGCCUGAGUAUCUCCUCCUCCGAAGAUGUUAUUGAAAGUCUGACUGAUGGAACUAUCUGUGUGAUGGGAAACUACAAGAACGUUACUGAUUUUGUUCAUUUUAUUCACCAAGUGUCAGGAAUUCCAGAUGACGAAUCUGAAAACGAAUCAACUGAGAUUAACCUGAAGGAUUACAUGAACCACAAGCUCUUCCCCCGCUUCUACUGUCAAGCAUCCUUGGGUAAAGAUGCUGAAACCUUAGAUUCCUGUUAUGAAUGCUUUGAAACUGCUGUAGCUGAAAACAAGGAUGACAAACUGAAUUUGUGGAAGGAAGUUGCACAGUGCAGUGAAGCUCAUCUUAUUCCUUACUUUGAAGAAUGUCAAAGUGGCCUAGUGACCCUCUCAGAGAAUUCUGAAGCUGAUCCUAAACCUGUUGAUGAUUGCUUUCAGAGAGGCGUUUACAGGCAUGUUACAUCUAAAUGUACUCCGAAGGCAGUAACUGUUAGCUCUGAUGGUCUUGUCAACAACAUUGAUUGCAGUAUUGCAGUCUUCAAGGCUAUGAUUGAAGAACACGCCGAGCCGGAGAUUGCAAGUCUUAUCAUUAAAGAAGUGUUCAGGAAUCUGCCCUAAACCAACGGAAAGAAAAAUCAUCUAUAAAAAUAUUUCAGUAAUUUUGUGAUAUUUAAUUAGACAAAUUAAUCGGAUAUUUAACUCAAUUUGUGAUACUUCAUCUAGAAAAUAAAUUUACAAUUCAAAAGUUA